GCAAUUUUCUGAGUCAUGUUAAAAGUGUUAAAUGUUGAUCAAAUGUAAAUAGUAUAUAUGUAUAUGUAUGUAUAUUAUGUUUCUAUACUUAUGCAGGUUUGUUUGUAAUAAUAGUGUCAGAAAGUGACUUUGUUAAAACCAGUUAAUUUUUAAAAUGGCAACAAGUUCUCAGUCUUCAGUUGAGCUAGGUUCGCAUGAAGUGAAGGACUAUAUUUGUAAUGCCUGUGAAGACCAGAAUAAUGUUGAGACAAGUGCUGAUUUCUAUUGUAAACAGUGUGAACGGUUUUAUUGUGGAAACUGUAUUGAUCCACAUGGUAAAGUCUUUGCUAAACAUACUACAUUUGGAAGGGUCGAAAGAGAUAAAUGGCCAGUUUCAAAAAAGGUGGUGGAUUUUCUACAAACUUGUGAUGUUCAUAAAGACCAUAAAAUUGACCAAUUCUGCAACCUGCACAAACAGCUGUGCUGCCCACAGUGUGUAUCUGAUCAACACAGCCAGUGCAGUAAAGUGACCCAGAUUUCGGAGCUGACCAUCUCGCAGCCCACAGGCUUAGAGGGGCUGUCAGUGGAGCUGGAAACUGUCCUGGGGGAAAUUAAAACCCUGCAAAUCAGUCAGAAGGCCAGCAUUCAGUCAUUGCAGAGAACAUACAAGGAACAUAGUGCAGUUAUGAUAGAGCAAAUGCGUGGCAAUUUAAAUACUUAUAUAGAUGAAUGUGAUAAUAAUUCUGUGGGUACAUCAGGCGGAAAUGAGCAAUAUUUAAAAGAAGAGAUGUGUAGGAGUGUUCUCUCUAUCGUGAAUGAAUUUGAUAAUAUUACUACGAAGGAACUUAACGAGAUGAAACAUGAAGUUAUAAGCAUUAAAGGGUCAGUUACAAGUUCUAUUCAUAAAUGCACCAGUCUUCACAAUAACUGGUCACAAUUCCAUGAUAUUGUUCAGAAAAUUGGAGAUCAUAAGCAGCUCUGCCUUAUAGCCAGCAUAAAAUGUAAGCAUAUAAUCCAGCAGGCACUGACUCUGCUGGGAAAGGCAGGCAAGGCGUUUAAUGUCCAGAGUAAUACUAAGCACAAUGUGAGAAUACCAAGAGAUUCAAGUGAAUGUUGUAUCACAGGCAUAUGUGUUCUGACUGAUGGGCAGGUGCUGGUCGCAGACUGGAGCAAUAGGAGAGUCAAGCUGCUGAACCAGCAGUACCAGGUGGUGAGUCCCUGGGAUGUGACUGAUGUAAGGGACAUGUGUCAGAUCACACCCAGUGAGAUUGCAGUGGCUGUGGAUGAUAAUGCUAGCAACACACAUAAUGUCCAGUUUAUUACAGUCACCCAGAGUCAGCUCACUCUUGGUAGGAAGCUUGAGUUACAACAUACAUGUAUAGGUAUUGACCACCACGAGGGUGAACUGUUUAUCUGCUCUGGUACUGCUCUGUUCAAGUACACACUGAGUGGCAAACAGGUCUGCAGACUCUAUGAAGAUGCUUAUGACACAGUAGACAAGUGUGCUGUGAGUCCCACAGGAGACAGGCUGUACAUCAUCAGCAGGUACCAGGACAAGCUUCUCACCCUGGCCAGGGAUGGCACACUCCUGGCCACAUACACAGACCCAGCACUAGAGCGCCUAUCUGGUCUACAUGUGACCCCUGCAGGCCAGGUGCUGGUCUGUGGAUACUGGUCCCACACUGUACUACAGGUGGGCUGGGAGGGGCAGAGUAAGCUGGCUACGCUGCCUACUAAGAGGCAUGGAGUGUGGAGGCCAUGGUCAGUCUGCUACUGCAGCACCACAUCAUCCAUCAUUGUGGGACAGUGGGAGAACGACAACAUCCUGGUGUUCAGAGUGGAAUAGUGUGUACAUUGGCUGCUGAGUCAGGACAAGGUUGCUGAGGAUGUGGUGGACAAGGAUGACCGGAAUACACAGAAGGUGCUUGACCAAAUACAAGAGGCCGUCCCAUCAAUCAGUCGUCAAAGUCAGUUGAGAUGGACCAGAACAAGGCAGAAACUCAGCAACAUUUUACGCACUCAACUGCUCAGCACAGAAGACUACUGUCUGGUGAAAGGAUCGGCUGUAUCAAAGUCCUGUGAUAUGGGGGGACUUGGUCGUUCCAUGUGUGGGGAUUGCAUCAUGAAGGACAUUUUAGAUGACACUCACAAGGUGAGCAGGAGCAUUGUUAUUGAGUUGACAUGGCAACGGCACCAGUCGGACCCCCAGGAGCCUCAGUCCAGGACAACCCUUCCCCUCCACUGAUCCCUAGCUCCUCCCCUUUGACCUCCUGCUUCAAAGCUUCAUUGAACAAUACCGGUCUGCUGCAAUAUCUGAGCAUGUUGAGUUUUUACAAGCUGUUCUCAACAACUGCAAUGUCCCUGUUGAUCGAUCCACACUCCUGCCUAAGUAGUUUGUUAAGCUCCAGUGCCGGAGGUGGGUCAAGUAUUUCAGACACGCUGAGUUAUAGCAGUAGUUAUGGUAACACCAACAGUCACUGAUUGUGGACUUCACAACGAAUAGUACGAAGAAUAAAAAGUUGGAUAACUUUUUCCAUGCUUUGUUGGACUAACAGAGCAACACAUGGAAUAAUGGUAGAAAAUCUAGAAACAGUUAAACAGUUAUAGAUCGAAGCAUAAGCUAUCCACGGGGUCUACUUCUGCUUUCAAUAGUAGUAGCAUUAUGGACCAUCCUGGUUUGUCCUCUUAUGCAUCCAAAACAUGCUUUUACGCAGUUGCUGACAAAAAAAACUUUGUAUGAACACUCGUAGCACGAUGAAUACAUCGGUGUGGUUCAGACGCAAAUUCUUCCCAACAACAUAAACACGGUGCUUAAGGUGUACCCAUCAUGGUUUGUUACGAGCACUUCACACUCCAAGACAAAACAGCCUCGCAUUGAGCUGACACUAGAUAAAGCGUUGAAAAAUGACAGCAGUUUUGUCGUGUGGUCCAGUAUGCCUUUUGACUCCAACCCAACAUUAGGUAGAACUCAAACUCAGCCCUUAGCAAUCACAGCGAGGCCAGCAUGUCAUCUCACCUUCUUGAGCCUCAGUACAUAUCCGCGAUAAAUUGCUGUGGGCAAAAUGGGAAAACCCGUGAGAUUAACUUGCAGGAGUCAUUGGACGGCCUGUCAUGCGAACGAAUUCAAGAGUUCAAAGCAAAUAUUAUUAGCCAACAAUACAAACAUCGUUAAAGUAAAUGUCGAUGGAAAUCGGCGGCACCCCUUUCUUUAACAAAUACUACAACUCGCUCAAGAAAUUUAAGUACGAAGACGUAUUGCAGCAGCCUAGCACACCACAUCUUCUCCAAUGUUGGCUACAUCAACACUUCGAACAGCAGAGCCUUGAAGAGCACCAUCAUCGAUAUUGAUUUGGCGCAGCAACAGCACCAGUCCAGCCCGCAUGAGCCUCAGUCAAGGACGAACCUUCCCCUCCACCUGACCCUAGCAGCCUCAGUCCACGACGACCCUUCCACUCGACCUGACCCUAGCGCCUCCACCUUGACCCACGGCCUCAAAAGAUUACAUUAUUAUCCAAGAAGAAGAACAUUGUUGAAGUAAAUGUUGAAAACAGUCCAAACCCCCUUCUCACACAAAUACUACAAGUCGCUCGAGACAUUCAGCACGCCACCUAUGAACAUCUCGCACAAAAACAACAAGUCGUUCAAGAAAUUCAGCACGCCACCUAUGAACAUCUCCCACAAAUACUACAAGUCGCUCAAGAUUCAGCACGCCACCUAUGAACAUCUCCUACAAAUACUACAAGUCGCUCAAGAAAUUCAGCACGCCACCUAUGAACAUCUCCCACAAAUAAUACAAGUCGUUCAAGAAAUUCAGCACGCCACCUAUGAACAUCUCCAACAAAUACUACAAGUCGCUCAAGAAAUUCAGCACGCCACCUAUGAACAUCUCCCACAAAUACUACAAGUUGUUCAAGAAUUUCAGCACGCCACCUAUGAAAAUCUCCCACAAAUACAACAAGUCGUUCAAGAAAUUCAGCACGCCACGUAUGAACAUCUCCCACAAAUACUACAAGUCGUUCAAGAAAUUCAGCACGCCACCUAUGAACAUCUCACAAAUACUACAAGUCACUCAAGAAAUUCAGCACGCCACCUAUGAACAUCUCCCACAAAUAAUACAAGUUGUUCAAGACAUUCAGCACGCCACGUAUGAUCAUCCCCUUGAAAUACUACAAGUCUUCAACAAAUUCAGCACGUCACCUAUGAACAUCUCACAAAUACUAUAAGUCGCUCAAGAAAAUCAGCACUCCAGGUAUUAACAUCUUGCACAAAUACUACAAGUCGCUCAAGCAAUUCAGCGUGUCACCUAUGAACAUCUUGCAUGGUGGCUUGGUGAGUCUGACUUCUGUCUUGACAAGUCACUCAAGAUAAAAUAAUCGGAUCUAACAGACAGAGCAGGUGCUGAGUGACUCGUCUGUUAACUUGACUGACCUCGAUACGUUGCUCUCGAAUAAUGAGAACCUGACGCACGAGGAACAGUGCUGUCCAACAUUCCCAGUUUUUGGUUGGCGACUUCACUGUCGGGACUCACACAAUCUCUGCCUAUAAGCAACAAAAACAGGUUUUCAGUAUACAGAUAUGCAACUGGAGUGAUGAUAUGCCCUGAAGAUAUUUAUUAAUUAUACCCCCUGUUAAUUGGGGUAUAAAGGAAUCCCCUUGGACGGACGUCUAUCUGUCUGUCUUUCCAUCUGUCUGUGGGCGUUCACUUAACAAUACAACGUUCAGCUUUCAAACUUUCAGGACCCCAUACAAUCACAGUUUGGUACUCAGCUGAAUUACAUGCUCUCUGGUGAGCUGGAGCUGGACGCCCAAGGACAAUUCCCGAGUAUAGAUGUCGAGCUCUUGGGCCAGGAAUUCGGGGCAAAGCUCAAUGAGUCCUUCCCCCAGGGUACAGCCACUCUAACCUUGGGGCUCCACACUUCCCUGCUCAGGGGCAGAGAUUAUCUAAUCUACAAGGACAACAUGUCAAUGAACAAGGCACCUUUCUAUGAAAACCUCGCCGAGCUAAUGAACAGUGCAACUGUGCCAUAUGCGUCCCUUCAGAGAAUGGAAUUCCUAGCCAAAUAUCUAAUCGGUGCCAAUUUGGGCUCCAGCAGCAGCCUCAGCCGUGGGGGACAGUCUGGGCUCCAGCAGCAGCCUCAGCCGUGGGGGACAGCUCUAGCAGCAACCUCAGCCGUGGGGGACAGGUUUAUGAAGCAAUCUGGGCUCUAGCAGCAGCCUAAGCCAUGGGGGACAGGUUUAUGAAGCACCCUGAACUUCUCAAUCUCACAGCAACAGUAGAUCAACAUGACCUCUAGCAGCAGCCUCAGCCGUGGGGGACAGGUUUAUGAAGCAAUCUGGGCUCUAGCAGCAGCCUCAGCCGUGGGGGACAGGUUUAUGAAGCACCCUGCACUUCUCAAUCUCACAGCAACAGUAGAUCAACAUGACCUCUAGCAGCAGCCUCAGCCAUGGGGGACAGGGGCUCUAGCAGCAGCCUCAGCCAUGGGGGACAGGUUUAUGAAGCACCAUGAACUUCUCAAUCUCACAGCAACAGUAGAUCAACAUAACCUGAAAGCGGUUCCUGUUCAGUGUCUAACAGUAUUCUAAUGACCAAGCCACGCCAGCAAAGCAGUAAUAAUAGCAGUCAAGUCGAGGAUCACCCAAAACCACUUGGUGCCUAGCGAUGAUUUUUCUGCUACCAACUUGACCUGAUUAUUGUACUCACGUGGGAGUCAGGUUCAAGGUCACAUAAGUUAACAACAUGACUGCACAAUAUGGCAUCAAUGGCAAAGAAGAAGUGAUCAGAGGGGGUUAUAACGUGCAAGUCAAGAAGGCGACGUCCAUGACGAGACUGAAAACCCUGAUUGCAAUAUGCAGAGUCUGCUCCAGAAGCAUUUGCUGACACAGCACAUGAACCCGCUGCAGUCAUCGUCUUCAGAUUAUAUCAUCUCUAUGGUGCAGGACCCUCAGUCUGUGUACACAGGGAACCUUCGACGCCAAUGACGAAACCAAACCAUCCAAUCAGAAACACAUCCUGUUGCAGCAGUUAUUUCCAUUGACCCCAGUCAAAAAAAAGAAGCUCAGAGAUAAAUACUGUUUAUGGUGUUCUAGUCUCUACAUACCUUGUGGUAUGUUGAGCACGUACUCUGACAGGUUUAAUAAUUGUUUGACUGGUGGAAAAUAAAUGACCUUGUUCAAGUCGAAAUGUCAGAAUAACAAUUCAUACUUCAAAUGCCAAAAAGUCAUAUCAACAGCCACAUUUGUUAUGUGACCAGCAAAGUUGUAUUCAAAGAGACACAAUAGUUUACUUUAUAUUUUCUUGUGACCAACCAAGUUGUAUUUAAUGAAAAACAAUAGUUUAUGUUUUAUGGGAAUUAUGAUGCUGUCAGUCAUGUUAUGUUGGACGUUUUAGUUAAAUAUAGUAUGUUACAAAAUGUAUUAUUUGAAGCACACAUAUUGCAGGUAUAUCCAACGUCUGUGUCUGUAUUAUGAACCUUUCACUUCAGAUUUUGAUCCGGAUAUGGUAAAUUUAAGGGAAAUACAUGUACAAUCAUAACAAAGUUAUUUUAAGAUUGUCAAAGCUGUUUAAUUGUUUAUGGUAACUUGGACACAAUUGAAAAUAUAUUGGCGUAUUGUCCAUGUUUCAGUUUUCUGUUUUACCAGUAAUAUAGAUGUGCUCAUUAAAAUAAUUCUUCAAAGAGGUUGAGAGUUAUGACACUUCAGCUUUUCUGUAUAUCAAUCUUUCUGAACACAAUAUUUGUCGAUUUGCUCAUUCGGGUCGGUAUUUGAUCCAAAAUCUUGUUAAGUAGCAUACUAUUUUAAGGGAAUAUAAAUUAAUUCUGGGCAAAAGUGUUUAAUCUACUUAAAUUAAUUGAUUCUUUGUUUACCACCAGUACUUUGUUGAUUUCAAUUGCAAUGGUUUGCUAAAUAAUUAAAGCAUGACUGUUGUUUUAAUUGGAAAGCUUUUAAUAAAACUCAGAAUUAAAAACAAUAUUUAAAAAAAAAGAUGAGUUUUAUGAAAAAUGGCACAUUUUAUGUUUGUUAAUUUGUGUAGUAAGAUCAUAGACUUACAUGCUCAUAAGUGUUAACAUUCGAUUUUGGAUGUUAAAGUUUAUAAUGCUUUAUAUAUGCAUAUGUAGAUUUACUCAACCAGAUUGUACCUUCUUAAAUCAGUGAGUAAUUUAACCCAGAUUUCUUGAUAACUGUUUAUAGGUAUAUUUUGCCAUUUAUACAUAGAGCAACUGCAAAGCGAUUGUAUUUUCGAUGUAAAUCAUUCAUUUAGUAUUGCCAUUGUUUAAGAUAAACUCACUGUUUACAUUUAUUUGUACACACCAUUGUUAUAUAACAACAUUGCUUGUGUAAAUGCACAUAUAUGUAUAAAAACUGUUUAAUAAUGCAGCAUUAAAUAUUCUGAAGAGAAAAUGAUAUUUAUGGCAAUAGAAACACCUUGUUAUAUGCUAUGCUUUUCAUCGAAUGAAAUUGAGCAACUAUUUAAA